AUGAUGUUCAUUCACUCCUUCAUCGUCGCUCUCGCUGCCCUCGGCGCUUCUGCCGCCCCGGCUCCGCAAACCUCCGGCACCCCCGACGCCCCGGCGGAGGACCGUUGCUCCGGCGUCACCUGCCCUGAGAACUCGUACUGCAAAGUCUUUGACUUCCGCCUCGAAAAGCCCGUAGCUUGCCAGGCGAACGGCACCGUGUCGGAGGAGUCCCAGGCGUGUGGUAGCGUCAUCUGCCCUAUCGGCACGACCUGCUGCAACUCAUCCUGCGGCGUCUGCGCCAAGCCGGAGGAGUCGUGCCUGCAAUGGGUUUGCUAG